CCCCCCAUCCACCAUCCUUGUGUGCAGUGCGAGAUUUUGAGUUCAGCCCCUUCGGCUGGAGGCUCGGGUUUAUCUGGAUCCAAAGAGGAAGCCAUUCAGGAGCUGUGCGCCGUGAGGUGAAGGAAGGCUCCGUUGGGGGGGAGUGACAGAGGACCGGGAACCAGGGGAUUUGACCUAAUCGGCGUGAGAUCGGGUGUGUGAGGGCGAGCGGGGAGCCAUGAUGGUGUUCUCUGCUCUUUGGGUGCUCCUGGUGUGCCAGCUUUUGACAUCAUCCUCAGCUCAGAGACCGGGCCCUAGAGGGGCGUCUGGACCACCAGGACCCCCAGGUCCACCAGGAAAGCAUGGCACUGACGGCAAACCUGGACCAGCCGGACUCCCAGGGAAAGCAGGUCCCAAAGGAAAAGCAGGGAUUCCAGGGGCAGCAGGAAAACCAGGCUUGCCAGGACUUCCAGGAGUGGAUGGUUUGACAGGACCCGAUGGCCCCGCUGGGAAGGAUGGACCCCCAGGUGAACCAGGUGAACCUGGACCAUCUGGACCUCCUGGACCUCCUGGCAGAGGGAGACCAGGAGCUGCAGGGCUACCUGGAACUAAUGGGCUGCCAGGUGGCAUUGGACCCCAAGGCCAAGCGGGUGCCGAGGGUCUUCCAGGACUUCCCGGCCCUCCAGGCCCCGAUGGCCCCCCUGGUCUUCCUGGUACUCUUCAUGACCUUAACGGUGACCUUCUGUGCCCUGCAAUCUGCCCCCCUGGUCCUCCAGGUCCCCCCGGGAUGCCAGGAUUCAAGGGCCACACAGGGCAUAAAGGAGAGAAAGGAGAGCUUGGAAAAGAUGGAGAGAAGGGAGACGCUGGUCCGCCUGGUCCACCUGGUAUUUCUGGCACUGUGGGUCUGCAGGGUCCAAGAGGUCUAAGAGGUUUACCUGGGCCAAUGGGACCUGUUGGAGAAAGAGGCCUGCCUGGUUUCAGAGGGAAGCCUGGCAUCGUUGGCAUAAUUGGAAAGACAGGUGAUGCUGGAGAAAAGGGACCACAGGGAUUCAGAGGACCCAAAGGAGAAAUUGGUAAAAUUGGUCCCAAAGGUGGUCCUGGGGGAGCAGGACCCAAAGGGGAGCCUGGUAUCCCUGGCAGAGAUGGUAAAGAUGGCACACCAGGAUUAGAUGGUGAGAAGGGAGAUGCUGGACGCCAUGGAGUAGUAGGAGAGAAAGGACCUAAUGGCCUUCCUGGUCUACAAGGAAAGGCUGGUGAAAAGGGAUCUAAAGGAGAAGUUGGUGAUCCAGGAAAAGCUGGCGAGACUGGACCGUCUGGAGAGCCAGGUAUUCCUGGUGAGAUUGGAGUCCCAGGAGAGAGAGGAAUUGCUGGACCCAGAGGAGUGGCUGGUGGCAUUGGAGUAGCCGGCAAUCCUGGACCUCAGGGAGUUAAAGGUUUUCAGGGGGUAAAAGGAGCUUUGGGUGAUCUUGGUCUUCCAGGUCCAACAGGAAUCCGUGGAGAGUUUGGUGAGAGGGGCCCAGUUGGCGCGUCUGGAGCCAAAGGAGACAUGGGUGUGGCGGGAAGUGAUGGGUUACCAGGAGAAAAUGGAGAACCUGGACCUUUCGGACCAGUAGGACAAAAAGGAGAGUCAGGGAAAUGGGGUGAAUUGGGACCUAAGGGCGUAACCGGGCCACAAGGAGAGAUCGGUGCCAGAGGGCCUCCAGGAAAACCCGGACUAAUGGGCUUUCAGGGGGAACCCGGUGUGCCUGGAAUUCCAGGAAAGACAGGUGUACCUGGUAAACUGGCAAGUGAGCAGCACAUCAGAGAGCUGUGUGGCUCUAUGAUUGAUGACCAGAUUGCACAGCUAGCAGCAAACCUUCGAAGACCGCUGUCCCCUGGAAUGGUGGGCCGCCCAGGCCCAGCUGGACCUCCAGGAAAUCCAGGCGUUUCUGGCUCUAUUGGCCAUCCAGGUGCCCGUGGGCCACCAGGUUACAGAGGCCUGCCAGGAGAACUUGGAGAUCCUGGCCCCAGAGGUGAUAUUGGUGAACCAGGUGAUAAAGGAUCCAUUGGUAAGGCCAUUGAUGGGCCCACUGGGGACCAAGGAUACCAAGGUCCUCCAGGAAUCCCUGGUAUUGUCAAAGAUGGGCGUGAGGGUUCGCCAGGAGAUCCGGGUGAGCCUGGAGAGCCAGGCAGGGUAGGCAGGACUGGGCACCAAGGAACCCCUGGUAUCUGUGAUACGUCAGCCUGCCAGGGAGCAUCUAUUGCUGGGAAAUCUUCAAAUCCCAAAAACAAUUAAACAUUACUUCCUGCACCCUGAAGCCAUCCACUCCAAGGAGAAGGGGUGAUAAGUGAGGGAAGGAAAGAAUGGAAAAUGAGAGUGAUCGUGAACGUGUCCUCUUUAUUUAAAUACAUGUGUCACAAGAUGAAAAGAGCAACAACAAGAAGUGUGGUAUUUUAAGAGGAAUAGAGGAACAUCUAUGGAGUGACAAAAACUUGACAAUGACAUCCAGAGGUAAACUGGACAGAGGCACCAAGGUGUGCAGGAGAACAACUGAGUAGCUCCAAAUAACAAUAUCACAGACAGUAACAAGACUUGACUUUAAAACAACCAAAUAAUUAUUGAUGAGCCCUAUGUGUAUAAAACUCUGUACCUGUUGUUUUUAUGCCCCUCUAAGUUGGUUAACAUCUCUUAGGCAAAUGGUGCUAACAAAAAAUACUGACUCUAAAGGUGAUGUGCAUGUAUAAUGUCUGCUAGUGUCAAUCAUAAAUAUUACCUCAACAUUCAGGCUUAAAGUGUAAAAUAUGGAAAUAAGUGCCAGAGACAAAAUGUCGCUAUCGAACAGCUGUGUAUGUAUUGUAAAAGGAAUAAAUUACAAAUACCCAGGUGCUCACAAAUUCUGUAGAUGGAUGCGAAAGAUUUAAAAAUUUCAAUAGUUGUUUUUUCACAGCUUGCGUUUUCUUUUACAUGUGGAGCUGAUUGUCUAGGAUCAAAACACAAUAAAACAUGUGGAUGAAUGAAUUAGACAUUGUAAAAUACUUUAAAGAUCUUUGAAGCAAAAUAAAAAUGUUUUUUUUAAAUCUGCAAUAAACACAUCCACUAUGUA